CUUCACAGUUCGGCUCUGCUCUUUCUUUCUCUUAAUGAAGUUGCCCAUUAUUUCUGUUUUCUGAGCAUUUGGCACAGAGUUGACCUCUUUUCCCAAACAUCCUGUAAUGACCGCCCCAUAUUCUUCUCUCCCACUGUUUUCUUCUCGUGUUUCUCUUUUCUGGGCUGUUGCACAACUGUUGUUUUCAUCUUGGUGGUUCUGUCACAGACACAGACAGGUUGUGCUGGUGAUGAUGGGUUUAGGUCUAUUCAUGUUUGGAAUUCCUAUGAAUACACAAUCAUAUGCACCCACCUCAGCAGAGCAGUUCAGCCCACUCUGGCUUGGGAUCUUGUUCUUUAUCUGUGGCCUUCUUUAUAUACUGUCUGAACGCAACCUCUCUAAAAAGAUAAGUAUCACAGCCAGCCUCGCUCUGAGUAUCAUCUCAAUCACUGGAGUGCUGUCUGCUUUGGUGGAAUUCUCCAGAGCAAUUGUUGGAAUCUAUCACAUAUAUAGGGAUCAAAUGAAUGAGAAUCAGACCGAGGAGGAGGAACUUUAUGCCAGACAACAUUAUAGACAUGGAGCUGGUGUUCUGCUGUCACAGCUUGAAGGGAGGCCUUCUGCUUGUAACCCUGAUGUUCUUCACCAGGGCCAUGCUGCGAUCCAGAAGGACUCAGGUAAUCUCACGUCACACAGCCUUGCUCCAGUGAAACCACCAAAGGCUCUUGGUUGCCGAGGCGAAUGA